AUCGGCGUUGUUCGACACACACAGUGAGAUAGUCGCCAUAUUUGAGCUUGUGUAAUGGAAGUGUUGUAAUGUAACUGAAGUUAGAUUUUCGGUUAUUAUCUUUAAUUUACAGCUGUCGUUAACUGAGAUUUUUUCUUCCUCUACAAUUUAAUGUAUUACUGACUUAUACGUUGCUUAUAUUAUUUUCUUUAGUUUUCAACUCUUUCAGUAAAAUAUGGAUGAAGACAUUUGCGAAGAUUACCGUUCCUCCUUGGCUGAUUUGACUUGUAAUAGUAAGCCUUUAAUCAACAUGUUGACGAUGUUAGCAGAAGAUAACAGCAAAUAUGCGCACAAGAUCGUCAGGGUCAUCGAACUUCAUUUGCAUGAGGUUCUGCCAGAGACAAAGUUGCCAGUGCUGUACCUGAUAGAUUCUAUUAUGAAGAAUGUUGGUGGUGAUUAUUUGCCUCUUUUUACACAAAACAUUGUAUCAGACUUUUGUGGAGUUUUUGAAAAGGGUGAUGAAAAAACCAGGGUUCAACUUUUCAAACUUCGACAGACAUGGAGUGAUAUACUUCCUAACAAAAAGUUGUAUGCUAUUGAUGUAAGAAUAAAACAGCUAGAUCCAGCAUGGCCCAUCACUGCUCAGCCAGAACCUAGCAUACAUGUGAAUCCCAAAUUUUUAGAAAAUAAACAGAAAACACCCAAAGAAGAACAGAAUCCACAAAAUGUGCAGCAGCAGCUAUUGCUUAAACAGCAAGAACUGGUGAGAUUACAGAAAGAAAAAUUGAAAUUGGAGUUCAUGCAAGCUAAGUCCAAACUUGAACAGCAGAAAAGAAUACAUCCUCCUGCAACAUCUCUGCCAACUCAGAAUGUGGCUCAGGUGUUUUCUCAGCGUAUCUCUACUCAACUCCAGCCACCUGUGACUGCAAGUGUAAAUAUACAUCCUAUUUCAUCUACUAUGGCUUUAACAAGUAGUAUUUCAUCAGUGGAUCCACGGCUUUCUAUACGUGAUCCAAGAUUGAAGCGAGAUCCUCGUUCAAACUCUGUCACUAGUCCAGCAUCCAGCUCAACGCAAGCUGCAGUAGACCCAAUUAGCAUUAACAGAAGCUCUGAAGUAGUGGUUUCAACUGUGCCUUCAUUAGUCAUUGUGCCUUCUACGACUUCAUUACCGAAGAAUUAUGAUGUGUCCUCAGUAAGAAGUAAUUCUAAAUCAGUUGAAAAGCUUCCCACUAAGCCUGUUAACAUUGAUAGUGAUAUGUUAUCCACAUCAACAUCUGAACGUACUAAAGCUACAAUUUCUGUAACUGAUGCCAAAACUGUUUUUGAAGCCAUUAAACCUUUGUCAUCAAAACAUUUGCAAUCUACCGAAAAGAAGUUGUUUUUUAGUCCUUCCAAAAAAGAACCCACACCACAGCAGUUAAAGCUUACAGAAGAAAGAACUACAAAAGGUAAUCAAACAAAAAGUCCAACUUCUGAAAGUAAAAGUAAGCUUGGAAAAGAUAGUAAAGAAAAAGUGCACAAUAAACAACAAAUCAGUGAUUCCAAAUCUGAAAAGGCAACUAAUGAUAGAAAAAUCUCAAGUAAUGAAACUUCAAAAACCAGUAAGAUUAAUCAAAACAAAAAGAACAUCCAGAAACAAGGAAAAGAUAAGUUGUCUAUUGAAAAUAGAACCAGAGAUAAAACUGGACACAAAGAAAGACCUAAAAGUGUAGAAAAAGAAAAAAAGAAAGACAGUGUUGAACAUUCAUCAAAUGUUCAGAGAAGAAAUGUGAAAAACAAGGAAUCUAUAUCUCCCAAAAAAGAAGACUCGAAGGUUCGGGAUUUGGACUCCCGGAUAGAAAAUAAAGUGGCAAAAGAUGAUUCAAAGAAACCUACUAAAAAAGGCAGAGUUUCUACAAACAGAGAUCGAUCUCGGUCUCCAUUAGCUAAAAAAAAUGGAAGAAAGAUGGUCAGUCAAAAUUCUGUAAAAGGAAAAGCUAAAGAAAAAAAUCAGGUAUCUAAAAAUCAAGAAGUUCACAACAAAGAAAAGGAGAAAGAGGAUAAAUUCCCAGCAAAAGAUGUAGAUUUAAGAGUGUUUACAACUAUUCCUAAAAAAACUUCAUUGAAGAUCAAUAAUUCUGAUGAGAAAGACAAAGACCUUCGAGAUACUGAGAAAAAAUCCUCAGAAAAUACGACCGAAGAUAGCAAAGAGAACACAGAGGAACCUCCUGUAAAGAAGAAGAAAAUGGAAGAAAGCAAAAGGUUCUUUGGAAAGAAAGAUCAGGAUUACAGACAAUUUCCUAUGGGUCAACUCUUACCACCAAAAAGUCCUGCACAACAAGGCUGGGCUCAGUUUAAAGCAUCCCAUCCAGAUGAGUAUAAAAUUCCUCUUCGUCCAGCACGGGAGAAUAUGGAUGGUCCUUUUCAGUUGGGAACAAAGGAUCAAGAUCUUAGACAAGAAUUUCCAGGAGAAAAAGUGAAUCGACCAUCAUUGCUUGGAAAAGGUCCAAGUAUUGAAAGAGGCUCUCAAGAUACAAAUCUUAGGCGGUAUGAUCGUCUUGGGCGACCACUUCUAAGCAGGUUGCACAUUAACCCAUAUUCCUAUAGGAAGGGAUUUUCAAGUAGACAUGGAUAUACUUCUUUACGUGAUCAACAACAUAUUCAAGUGAUGAUUGAGAAGCAAAAAGAAAUAAUUCAAGAAAUAGAAGACCAGCUAAAAUCGGGACGCUUAACAGCUGAACAACACAAGGAGUUCGUUCAACAGUUGCAUAAGUUAUAUGAAGUACAGCGCUCACAUGCUGGACAGUGGCAUUCAUCUGGUCUAUCAAAACCAGAAGACCUUCUUCAAGAACAGGAUGGCUAUCUAUCUCGUCUCAGACUGGAUAGUAGUUUUAAUAAAAAACCUAACCAUGUUACCACAUGGCUUAUAGAAGAUCAGAUGAACCUAGAAAAUGAAGUUAGAAGCAAAGCAGGUGGAACAAAUGAUGAAAGAUCAUUAGUACAGAAAAAAGUCAAAGCUGAGUCCCUUCAUCAAGACUUAAUUUUGCCAGAUAAAGGACCUAUUCAAUUGAAUGGGGAAGUCAAACAGAUUUACUAUUUUGGAAACAAGGCUGUAGUUAUGGUGAAUCGUGGUGACCCUAGAGAGAUAGCAUUCACUGGCAGUCCUGUUCCAGUUUUUAUAAAUGAUAAGGAUCCCAUUACCUUACACUUCGAAAAUGAAAUGAAAGAAUUUGAAUUAGAUGGCAAGAAACAUACCAUAAAGUUUGGGCUUCCAGCUCGGGAAAUCUACAUAGAUGGAAAACCUUAUGAAGCAAGAUUUGAUGGGCCUCCAAUUGAUGUACCUUUAGAUGGGUCAUUGUGUAAAAUCAGGUUGGGUGGUCCACCACCAACUAUAGUAGUUGGGGAAGAGCCCCAGUAUCAAAUUUUAGAUUAUCUUGAGGCAGUUGAUGAGGCUAAGAAGAAACAAUUAAGAAAACCACCUGAUAUAUCUGAGAACUUUCUUGAUGUCAAGCUAAAUGAGGAAGCUGAGGUUGAAGUAAAGGACUCACCAAUGGAUGUUGAUUUAAGAGGAGGAGGUCAUUCUGGUGGUUUAUCUCCAAAACAGCGUGGUAAUGAUGAACAGAAGAAAUCUGGAUUAGAUAGUUCAAAGGAAAAUGUGUCUAAUGAAGAGAAAAACAUAUUCAAUGAAGGUAUUGAUAGAAAAAACACAUUAGAUUUGUUUUCAAAUCUUAAAGAUGUGGAUAUGAGAAAAGUGUCUGGACCAGUAAAGAAAGAGUCUGUAGCAGAUGAUCUAGACCAAGAAAGCCCAGAUGAAACAAUAAAUAGCAAGUCACAUCAUUCUUUACUUCCUCUCUCAAAUAAGAACAUAGGCCAAGAUUUAUUGCUUGACAGGACUCUAGAAUGGAGGGAACAUAUUCCUCCUUCAGAAAGGUUUUCUCAUAUAUUAAAAGAUCGUCACAGAGACUCUCCACCAAGAAUUGUCAAAGGAAGUCCAUGGAAUAGUCCUGCCCACAUGGAAGGUUCUGUAGGUAGUCCUUUAUACCAUGAUGCUUCAGAACAACGUCCAAGUCGUACUCUUUCCCCAAGAAGGAUGGAACCUAUGGAUUGGAAGAACAAUGAACAGUCUCAUGGUAUACCUCAAGGACAAAACCGAGUCUCCCCUCAUAACUGUCCAGAUAUGUGGGAAGAUGGUACUGAACCAAGAGCCAGAUGGAAAGAUGAGGACAGGUGGAUUUGUGAGCCUCCUGACUGGCCAAGAGACCAAUCUGGAAAGGCACUUCUUAGACCUCCUGAUAUGACUCCUCACCCAGGGGUAGGACGUGGGCAUUUACAUCCCAGGGAAUUUGAUAAAGAGGAAUGGGGACCAGAAAGAGAACUUUCACAGCAGCACAUUGCACAAAGGCCAUCCUUUAGACCUAGACGAAACAGUCCAAGUCACUUUGAAGAAUAUCCUGAAUACCAUCUUCAGCCACCACAGUGUGCUGUCAGACAAAGGCUUCCUCCUCCUGGGGUUCAUCCAAGGGAACAACAUGUGAGGCCAUUUCAUGGUCCACCAGAAGCUCGUCCAAGAUUUCCUCACUUUGCUCGAGAUCCAAGAGGUCCUUAUCCAAGAGGACCUUUCAUUCCAAAUUUCAGGUUAAGGGGUCCGGCAGGCCCACGCUUUUCUGGUAUACAUCGUGGUCCUCCUCCUCCAAGAGAACGGGGAUCAGGCAUGUUAAAUCCAGUACAGCCUACUGGUCCUCGGGUUCAGAAAGCUUUACUGCCUGCUCCAGUCUCAGCUGGUCCUCCCUCAAGUGUAACUACCCCCUCACAGAGAGAGUCUCUUCCAGUAACAGCCUCUCAACCAAUGACUAGUCAAGCUCCCAUGUUUGUAGAAACACCAACUGUUCCAGCACCCCUAGAUAUUGAUGUUAAUACCUUGUUUACCAAACUGGUACUUGCUGGAAUAAUUGCUGAAGUCUCUCAACCAACUGCCCAGGCCACAAGUAAAGAGGAACCUCCAUCAGUUGAAAAUAAAGAAGAAGAGGACAAGAAAGAAAAUAAGAUCAACCAAGAGGAAGAGAAAAUUCCUCCCAUUGAAUUGAAAGCAGAUUCCUUGAAAAUUCAUUACCCAGGUGUGAUUAGCAGUUUACAUAAAGGAACACAAUGUGCUUCAUGUGGUUUGCGGUUUACCGAGGAUCAGCAUGAUAAAUAUAGUAGACAUCUUGAUUGGCACUUCCGAGUUAAUAGAAGAGAGAAGGAUGGAGUGAAGAAAGCAUUUUCUAGGAAGUGGUUUUAUGACGUAGAGGAUUGGAUCCAGUUUGAGGAAAUUGCUGAUUUGGAAGAAGGAGCACGUAGCUUUUUUGAGCAGCAAACUGAUGAAGAAAUUUACCAAACUAAUGAGUUAAGUGAACUCCCAAGUGUUAUAGCUUCAGCAAAUGAAGCCGAAAAUAGCUGCUUUGUUUGUAAUGAAGCAUUUCAGUUGUUCUGGGUAGAAGAAGACGAGGAGUGGCAUCUCAGGGAUGCUAUACGUGUUGACGAGAAGGUAUACCAUCCACUUUGUUAUGAAGACUUCAAAAAGACAUCUGAAGUUCCUGAAACACCAACUGAAAGUCAAGCACCCUGCCUAUUAAAAAGUGAGGAUUCUUCUGAAACAGAAGUGAUUGUUAAAACAGAACCUGUAACUGUUGAAGAAGAGGAGCCAAAGAUUACAGAAGAUGUGAAAGUAAAGGAAGAACCUAUAGACACAGAAGAGAUAAAUGCAGUCACAGAAGAAGAAGGUAAUAAAGUAGUAAGUGAUUCAAAGCCUAAGGAAGAAACAAUUCCAGAAGAGGAUGAAAAACCAAAAGAAGUGCUAGAUCCAAAUGAUCCAGAAGCUAAGCUUGAGAGUAUUAUUGCUAGGGUGGAACAAGAACAAACAAGAGAUAUCCAGAUGAAAGUUGAAGAAACAAUUGUAGAAAGUGAGCAACCCAAACCUGAAUCAAAAAUGGUUGUGCUGCAAUCAGGAAGCAUUGUGGUGAAAGUGAAGGCAGAAAGUAUAGCUCAACCAUCUCCACCUCCAGUAAACAAUGAAGCUACCGCAACAAAGUCGGAAUCAGAAGAGCCUCAGUCGGAUGACGAAUUUCAUCCACCACCACCCGAUCCACGAUUUACAGUCUUACCUCCAGUUCUUAGAGGCACCGAACUUUCGGGACUCUGUAGUAUUAUGUAGGAAGCCUUUAUGCAUAUUAUGAAUGCUUCUUAUGCAAGCAGAUUCCUGAAUGUCAUCUGAUCCAUAUACACCCCUACCCCCAAGUAAUACAUAACGUAUAGGUUGUAAUUCUUAUCAGCUUGUACAUCCAAUUGAGACACUGAAAUUGUAUUUCUUACUUCAUUGUGAUAUACUUUUAUGAAAGAUUGUAAGUAUUGAAUGAAAUUAUCGAAGCAUUUGUAAAAUAAAGCACUUACACGACAGCGUAUAGAAAAAUUGAGAAAGUAUAUUCAAAGAAUUAAGAGUUUGUAACAUAACAUUUUGUAGGUAUACAAAAGUGACUGUGUGCUCAAGAACACGAAGUAUGUUUUACAUGAGUUCUUGUAAUUCCUCUUGUAUUAGCUGUUAAAAUUCAGCACGCAUGAUCAGAUCAAGGUGUGGGUAGCAUGUAUUUAAUUUACUUUCUAAGAACACACCAUGUAUUCUAAGUUGUUGCUAGGUUGUUCACGUGAAAUGGGGUAUGUAAGAUCUGUAAAUUGUUGUACAAAAUGUUUUAUGCUGUUGUAAAAGUUUACAAAUAAAAAAUUUAUUUUUGUUUUCUCAUGGUCUUGAUUUAUUUUUUCUUCUAAACUUCUUUGUCUGUAAACAGUUUUUUUAUUCGGUGUUAAAAACUAGUGUUUUUUUUUCAUACGGUCACUCGGAAAUUACUGAUGUUGUAGGUCAAAAUAAUUUUGCAGUAGAAUGUAUUGUGGAAUCGUAAUGAAUAAAACGUACCCUAGUUCAUAAUCUUUCUGGUGUUUGUGUGAGUGUAAACACUUGAACUACAAUAAGUGUUUGUAUAUUAGAAGAAAACUACCUAAUAAAAGCUGUUUAUCUCAA